CCUGACAUGGUGUAGGGCCCGGAGGGUGGGGACGCCAGGAGCGGGACGGGACCGGAUUCGGGUUUGCUAGCCUGCGGCGGGGCCGGAGUGCUGGAGCUUUGAACUCCGAGGGAAGGCGAACCAGAACUUUUGGAACUAGUGCCGGCCGCCUCCACCCCCAGGAAUUGUGCUUUUCUUUGGAGGAAAUCAUAAAUCAGGAUUGAAGGGAAAAAGCUGUUUGAACUCAACUCUUCUCCCUUUCUCUAAGGAGUGACAGUCCCGGGACAGUGAGAUAGCUCUGCAAGGCGGAGGUGCAGCCUUUCACCUAUCAGCAGGCCUGUUCUUCCUCGGACUCAGUAUUGAAGAACUUUAUGGAUGAGUUUGCUAAUAAGUGCGUGCAAGAUUUGAAGAGCUGAAGAAAAAGAGUCAGUAUUAAACCCGCCUUUUUAAUAUCCCGGUUGGAAUUUGCCCUUGACAAAUAACAAGAUGAUGAGUGAUGCCAGUGACAUGCUGGCUGCGGCGCUGGAGCAGAUGGAUGGUAUUAUAGCAGGUUCUAAGGCCCUGGAAUAUCCCAAUGGGAUUUUCGAUUGCCAGUCCCCCACCUCCCCGUUCAUGGGGAGCUUCCGAGCGCUGCACCUGGUGGAAGACCUGCGGGGACUGUUAGAGGUGAUGGAGACUGACGAGAAGGAAGGUCUGAGAUGCCAGAUCCCAGAUUCGACGGCGGAAACGCUCAUCGGGUGGCUUCAGAGUCACAUGACAAAUGGACACCUACCUGCGAACGGAGAUGUGUAUCAAGAAAGGCUAGCACGUUUAGAAAAUGAUAAAGAAUCCCUUGUUCUUCAGGUGAGUGUGCUAACAGACCAGGUAGAGGCCCAGGGAGAAAAGAUCCGAGAUUUGGAGUUCUGUCUUGAAGAGCACAGGGAGAAGCUGAACGCCACAGAGGAAAUGCUGCAGCAGGAGCUUCUGAGUAGGACGUCCUUGGAAACUCAGAAGUUGGAUCUGAUGGCUGAGAUAUCGAACUUGAAGUUAAAACUGACGGCUGUAGAGAAGGACCGAUUGGAUUAUGAGGACAGGUUCAGAGAUGCAGAGGGGCUCAUCCAGGAGAUCAAUGAUUUGAGGUUAAGAGUCAGUGAAAUGGACAGUGAGAGACUUCAGUAUGAAAAAAAGCUGAAAUCAACCAAAUCUUUAAUGGCCAAACUCUCUAGCAUGAAAAUCAAGGUGGGUCAGAUGCAGUAUGAAAAGCAGCGGACGGAGCAAAAGUGGGAGUCACUGAAGGAUGAACUGGCAUCUUUAAAAGAACAAUUGGAAGAGAAAGAAUCGGAAGUGAAAAGGCUACAAGAAAAAUUGUUUUGCAAGAUGAAAGGAGAAGGGAUCGAAAUUUUUGAUCGAGAUGAAAAUUUUAAAAAGAAGCUCAAAGACAAAAAUAUUGAAGUACAAAAAAUGAAAAAGGCUGUGGAGUCUUUGAUGGCAGCAAAUGAAGAAAAGGAUCGGAAAAUAGAAGAUCUUCGACAGUGCCUGAACAGGUACAAGAAGAUGCAGGAUGCGGUAUUACUGGCCCAGGGUAAAAAAGGCCAGGAGGGUGACUAUGAGGAGCCGCUCACUUCCAGUUCCAUCUCCACAUUGCCGGACGCGCAGGGUUUCGGUGAACUGGAGAAAAGCCUGUCAUCUACGCCUGUCACGGGCUCUCCCAGUCGUGACCCGUUCAACACGAGUCUUCCGGAAGAGUUCCACACCGGCAUCUUGCAGGUUUCAACCCCUUCAUUAUCACCAUCAUCUAAAGGCUUGGAAACUUCUGAAAAAGCAAAAUCGCCUCCUAAGUCAGAGACUUCAUUUGAGGAGAAUGAUGGAAAAAGAAUCCUUGGUGCUGCUGUUGAAACCCAGCUGUGUGACAGUCUUUCAACUUCAAGUCUUCAAAAGUCUAGCAGCCUGGGCAAUCUGAAGAAAGAGUCAUCAGAUGGGGAAAAGGAGCCCAUUCAGAAGCCUUCAGAGGAUAAAGCUCUGGCCGGCAGCCUCCCCCCCAAACCUCCAGGACACGAUGCCUCUGCGGAUGACAACCCCUUUGGCACCCGAAAGGCCAGAUCUUCCUUUGGCCGUGGCUUUUUUAAAAUAAAAAGUAACAAGAGGACAGCAAGCGCACCAAAUUUGGAUCGUAAACGAAGUGCCAGUGCACCCACCCUAGCUGAAACAGAAAAGGAAACAGCCGAGCACCUAGACCUGGCUGGUGUGUCUCCUCGGCCAAAAGAAUCCCAGGGGAGCAGUCCUUUCCAUGUAUCUCCAUCAUCUCCCGAUUCUAAAAAGAAAUCCAGAGGCAUCAUGAAACUCUUUGGAAAACUUAGGAGAACUCAGUCGACUACAUUCAACCCAGAUGACAUGUCUGAAACUGAGUUUAAAAGAGGAGGAACAAGGGCAACUGCUGGGCCCCGACUGGGCUGGUCUCGAGAUUUGGGACAAUCGAAUAGUGACUUGGACAUGCCAUUUGCCAAAUGGACCAAGGAGCAGGUUUGCAAUUGGCUUAUGGAACAAGGCUUAGGAUCCUACCUGAAUUCUGGCAAGCACUGGAUCGCAUCUGGCCAGACGCUUUUGCAGGCUUCUCAACAAGAUCUAGAGAAGGAACUUGGAAUCAAGCAUUCACUUCAUCGAAAGAAGCUCCAGCUGGCAUUGCAAGCUCUGGGAUCCGAAGAGGAAACCAAUCACGGAAAGCUGGAUUUCAACUGGGUCACUAGAUGGUUGGAUGACAUCGGCCUCCCCCAGUACAAGACCCAGUUUGAUGAAGGACGGGUAGAUGGUCGAAUGCUCCAUUACAUGACCAUUGACGACUUACUGUCUUUGAAGGUCGUGAGUGUGCUGCAUCAUCUCAGCAUCAAAAGGGCCAUCCAGGUCCUGAGGAUCAAUAACUUUGAGCCAAACUGCCUACGGAGGCGGCCAUCUGACGAGAAUAGCAGCUCGCCGUCGGAGGUGCAGCAGUGGACUAACCACCGCGUGAUGGAGUGGCUGCGCUCCGUGGACCUGGCCGAGUACGCCCCCAACCUCAGGGGCAGUGGUGUCCAUGGGGGGCUCAUGGUUCUAGAACCUCGUUUUAACGUGGAAACAAUGGCUCAGUUAUUGAACAUCCCGCAGAGUAAGACCCUGUUGCGAAGACAUUUGGCCACUCAUUUCAACCUUCUGAUUGGUGCCGAGGCCCAGCGCCAGAAGCGCGAUGCCAUGGAGUUACCAGAUUACGUGCUUCUAACAGCCACUGCCAAAGUGAAGCCAAAGAAACUCACCUUCAGCAAUUUUGGGAAUCUGAGAAAGAAGAAACAAGAAGAUGGGGAAGAAUAUGUUUGUCCCAUGGAAUUGGGACAGGCGUCAGGAAACAUGUCUAAGAAAGGACUUAAAUCUGGCUUGGACAUGCGCAUGUAUGAUGAAGACGACUUGGACCGGUUAGAGCAGAUGGAAGAUUCAGAAGGGACAGUGAGGCAGAUAGGUGCAUUCUCUGAAGGCAUCAACAACCUAACACACAUGUUAAAGGAAGAUGACAUGUUUAAAGAUUUCGCCGCCCGGUCCCCCAGUGCCAGCAUUACUGACGAGGACUCAAACGUCUGACCGUAGCACCCGGACAAGCACUAGGAGCUCUUGGUCUCCUUCCACUGUAUUCCUCAAACACAGUAUAUCCAACAAGCACCAGACUGUGUAUUGUUUAGUGAUCCAUCUUCUCACGUUCAAGCGGGAAUGGGAAGCAGGGGAUAUGUUAAAGCUGCCACAGAAAGCGAGACACUGGUGAAUGAGAGUGUAAUUGUUUUUCCUCUAUUUAAUGUAAAAAUCUGUGAUAUAUUAUAUUUAAAGUAUUGCAUUUAUAUGAGUACUUUGCUGUAGUGUUUCCAGUCAGUCACAGUUUGGGGGUUUGGGAAUGCGGUCACCCAGAGGUGGCUGAUUCUGUCAUGUGGGUGUGUUGGUGGCAGCGCGGCAGCCUACUGCUGAAGCAGAGCCCGGCAGGCUUUCAAGUCCCCGUGUGGAAUUUCUCUAAGCAUCCAGCGUGCCUGCUGAAUGCCAGCCACACCUCCCCUGGCCUCUUAGCAUCCUUUUUUAUAUACUUUUUUAAAUGUAUGUGUAUAUUUAGUACAUAGAGCAUAGAACUCUUAUUUUGUGACAUACAUAAGGAAGACGGUUAAAAAAGAUCACAUUGAAAAAAUAUGGUGUUCGAAGUUCUCAUGUGCCAGCUGGUUCUUGGACAGGUUGGGAUAAUGUUCCUUUCUCCACAACCAAACUGAAUGAUGCCGAUCAUUCGGACUGCGUUAUUAUGUGUGAAGUGACCCCUCUUUGAUGACAUAUCACAAAAUGGCCACUUAGCUUUUUAAGAACUUCAGCCUUCAUCUUGGAUUCUUUUAACUUACAAGGAAGAGCUCACGGGACAUUUAAAAUCUAUUAACUUGAUUGCAUUCAGAAGCUCUCCCCAAAUUUCUAGAACUAAUUUCUGAAGAAACUAAAACAAAACCAAAACCUUCACAGUAUUAAGAUUCUUAUUUUCCUCUGUUGCUAAAUAUAUCAUUGCAUCAAAAUAGCAACAGUCUGACUAAUGUUAUUAAUUGCACAUUUCUCAGGCUAUUAACGAAUGGAAUCUUUUUUAAAAGCUGAGUAUUUGAACAUUUUUUCUCAAUCAGAGUUCAAUAACUCUGAGGCUGGAAAAUUCGUUUUACAAUGGCUACCUUGUGGUGGUGAACUGUAGAUCAUGUUUUUCUGUAGCACAGGGCCCAAAUAAAUAUUCUUUUAUAAAGAAAAAUAGAAGGCUUCAGCAAACACUGUUACUCUGUUUACUAGUCGUCUUAGGGGUUUUAGAAAGAAUAUUCUCUUUUUCAUUCAGUACUACAUCAAUACUCAUGAUAGUCAACAGUGGUAAAGACAGGUUUCCACGAACUGGCACGGGGCGGGCAAUUCCUCAUCCACCAGUGGACUUCCACACUGUGUUGGGUUGCCCGAGAUAGGAUCGCUCACAUUCUCAGCAAGUUACCGAGCUUGUCGGCAAGGAACCUGCAAUACUGCACUACUAUUUAUUCACAACUACAGUGAUUUGAUGCUAACAAUCAUCUUUUGCUCCCUACCAUUCAUUAUUUGGUAACUGUAUUGGACUCUUAAUGUACUGGUGUUAUAUUUUAAUGUGGAUUUAUGCAACCAUUUGAGAAACAAUUUGUUAUCAAACCUGGUGAAAAAAAUACCAGGAGACUGUUACAGAUGCCAAAUAGUCUUUAUUCAGGACAUUGUAACAUACUUGAUGAUAUGUGACGUGGUUAAAACCUUUUUGAUGAUAUAUAUUUUACUUAUAAAAUAUUAUACACUGCUGGUGUCACCAUAUGAAAAGAAAUAAAGUCAGCUGAUAAUUGCCUCA